UUCUGCUAAACUCUAACCCUGCAGUAUGGACAUUUAUAAAACCAAACAGAUGUGUAUGUGUAAAUAUCAGUAUCUUUCCCCAUUCUACACUUUGAGCUCGUUGGUAAACACCAGAAAGUCCUUUCUAACACACAGUCAUGACCUUGUCUUCUGUGCUGUUGUUUACUUUCUUGAUCAGCUGACACAGUAUGGUGCUUCCCCUGGAUUUUCUAGUUAUUUGUUAAAAUUUAGCUGGUUCAAAUUGUUGCACUAUUAAUUUGUCUUAAUAAUUUGUUAUCGUCUGUGCUCUGGCCCUGAUAUCUUUAUUUUCUAGCUAUUUUAUUACAGUAUUGAUGGCAGACAUACAAAUAUUGCGCACACACGAGUAUGAGCAGAAGUUUAACACAGCACAGUCUUGCAUCAGUCCUGGAAGCAUAGUGGUGGAAUCAUGAAAAGCAGCUCUUCAGCAAAGAUAGAGACUGAAACAUGUCUGCAGUAAAGACAGAAGCUUCAGCCGAUGGAGGGAGUGUGGUGAAUGGUGCAGGACCCGUAUAUGAGAAUAAAGAGGACAGUGACAAUGUCAGACCUGAUGAUCUCUCUGAGCUACUGGCUGCCGGAACCAAAGAAGUUCAUGAGCAAGCUGAAAACACACAGUUUGUCAAAGAUUUCCUUCUUGGACGCAUACGCAAAGAGCUCUUUAAGCUUGGAGCUGUUGCGCUCUACUACACCUAUACAGCAAUGGAGGAAGAGAUUGAGAGAAACAAGGAUCACCCGCAAUUUGCACCUCUUUACUUCCCCAACGAGCUUCACCGGCACGAGGCCUUGGCUCAGGAUCUCAAGUACUUCUAUGGCGAGGACUGGCAGGAUCAGAUCAGCUGCUCUCCAGCUACUCAGCGCUACGUGGAGCGACUUCAUGAAGUCGGUCGUGAAGACCCCGCAUUACUGGUGGCUCAUGCAUAUACACGCUACAUGGGUGAUCUCUCAGGGGGUCAGGUGUUGAAGAAGGUAGCCCAACGUGCCCUCAAGCUGCCCCCUACAGGAGAGGGAGUGUUUUUCUACCAGUUUGACAGCAUUCACAGUAACAAGGGGUUUAAGCAGCUGUACCGCAGCCGAAUGAACGAGCUGGAGCUCGACACCAGUACCAAGGACAGGAUUGUUCAGGAGGCUGUGCGGGCUUUUCAGUUCAACAUGGAGGUUUUCAAAGAGCUGGAGGAAAUGGGGAAGACGAUUCAGGAAGAAGUUCUGGAUGGAGGUCCCAUCCAUGGUCACAUGCAAGGAGACAUCAGCAAAUGUCCUUACUAUGCUGCCAAAAUGGCUGCGAGUGGAGGAUCAGCAUAUAUUUAUCAAAUGGCGGCGGCGGUCCUCAGAAACCCCACUGCCCAAGUGAUUUUAGCUGCAUGGAUUGCUGCUCUUGCUGGAUUGGUUGCCUGGUACCACAUAUGAUCCAAUUAUGUGUCCAUACUAUUGUAGAAGUGCAGUGUUUAUGCUGAUGUAGUAGCACCUUACCCAUACCAGUAUGUUAAUCUUAAGAGAAAUGCAAUUGCAGUCUGCGGAUGAGCAUGAACGAGGGCCUUCCACCAUCAACCUCUGGAGAGAUGGAUGACGGUUUGGGUCUAACGGGCAAACACGUAUUCUUUACAUUCUUUUACCUGGGAAGAAACGUGUCCCGCUAACAUUUUCACUUUUUGAGAGAAAGUAAAGACUAAUAUUUUCACAUGGCAGAUUUGUGCUGUAUAACAUGUUGCAUAUAGAAAACUGUUAAAUGUAAUACUAUUCUAAUAUAUAAUAUAACCUAUAUAAUUUAUAUAUUUAGAUUGUUCUGUAGCAAGGGUCUCCAGUCUUAUCCAUAAAUGCCUCCAGGAUUUUAUUCCAGGGAAAAUUAAGGUACACAUGAUAACCAAAUGAAGACUAUGAUAAACUGAUUUAACAAGUGAAAUCAGUGGCUCCUGCUUGGUUGAAAUUGAAUCCCGCAGUCAUGGCUCUUUGGUGGAUAAGAUUGUUGAUCUGAUCUAAAUCCUACAUAAAAAUUAUUUUAUACAGAGCUCCUGCAUGCAGACAGCCAAUUCACCAAAUCGGGUUUGCACAUUUGAAUUCGUCAGCGUGAUCACAGAGGAUAUAUUUUAUUUAUUUUUCUUUUUGCACCCCUGAACAACCACAGUACACUUGAAGGGGGACCACAGGGAUUAGGGCACCAUUUUGGAUGGGGCCUUCUUUUGCUGAAUAAACUGAAUAUUGAACAUUUUAAUAUUAAUGUUCGAGUCUUAGUUCAUGCUUCAUCACACAAACCUGCUUUUAACUAAAAAGAAAAUUAUGCAUGAAACAGAUAAUAUACAUGCACGGCAGAUAACUAGCAUGUGCUUAUUGGCAACUAUUUCAUACUGUUUAAUGACAAGAUUGGUGUUGCAGUGUAUGAUUUGUUGCUCAGUGUACACACAGUGUCUUAUGUGACCAAAGUAUAGUGGGGCAUUUACUACCAAAUCAGUUCUUGAUGCAGUAGGCGUUUUUUUUUUUUUGAGCACUUUGAUGUAUGCUAUUGUUACCUGAUUUUUUUCAACAUCUCAUACUCUAAGCAUUUUUAUGAUGGUUAUAGCUUUUGACAAGAAAAAUAAGAGCUUUGUUGAGUAAGUAAAUGUAUAUUUGCAAAAGGCUUUUUCUUCUUGAAAUAAUAAAUCACAGCAGAUCAUGUGUUUAUAAGUA